AUGAUUCGGACCAUAUUUGCUUGCCUCAAUGGAAAAGCAUCACAUAAAAAAUCUAAAGUAGAGCCACUGGAAGUCACAAAACCUGUUUAUAGAGAUGAGUUAACCAAAAAACAAAGGCCAAGGAAGGCAGGGAAGAAAACUGUCCGGUUUGCAGAAUCAGAACCUACCAUUUUGGGAGAAGAUGGUGAGAAGGAGUUUGAGAAAACAAGAAGUGUUAGUGGUAAUGAAGUGGGAGAAAAAGAAGGGAUAAGAGUGAGGAUUAAAUUGACAAAAGAAGAAGCUGCACGGUUCCUAUCAAAAUGCAACAGAGGAGUUCUUGAAUUCGAGGAUGUUGCUCGUGAGCUUGUGUUGAUCCCAGUUAAUCGAGUUAGCAUUGUGUCCGAUGGCACAAUCAAUUUGUAG